AUGGCCGAGAACACAUUCGUCGAGAUUGACCGCGAAAGCUUCCCCUAUGUCUUCAUGAAGAACGUGGGUAUUCCUCUGAAGACGUAUGAAAAAGGACUCCUACGAUGCAAUGUUUACCUGCCCAAGGACGCUUUACCAUAUGGGUCCCAGAGGUACCCGGUGAUCGCGACAUAUGGUCCAUAUGGAAAGGAUGUCCCUUACGAAGUGUUCUUCAAGAAGAGCUGGGACCAAGUCAACCCGGAGAUGAAGUCUGCCCACUCCUCAUGGGAGACCCCAGACCCGGGCUUUUGGACACGCCAAGGGUAUAUUGUUGUCCGGACGGACGAGCGAGGUUCUGGACAGGGCCCUGGAGAGCUUGACACCAUGUCCCGUGGAACUAGUGAGGCCUUUUUCGACGUAGUUGAGUGGUGCGCAGAGCAGAAAUGGUCGACCGGAAAGGUAGGACUACUGGGAAUCAGUUACUUCGCAGGCACCCAGUGGCGCGUGGCUGCUCGCCAACCCAAGGGUCUCGCCGCCAUUAUUCCCUGGGAGGGAAUGAGCGAUUACUAUCGUGAUCGUGUUCGCCAUGGUGGCAUCCUGUCUGACCGGUUCAUCGACUUCUGGUGGAAGAAUGCUGUUCAACCAAACCAGUAUGGCAUGCCCGGCCGAGCAGCACGCCAAUGGGGCGACGACACGCUCGAGGGAGAUUUGGACCAGGGAACUCUGAUUUCUAACCGACGCGACCAGACCAAGGAUACUGCUAUACACAAGUCCAUGGAUGAAGACUACUACCAGACCAGAAAUUUCGAUCUGGCCAGUAUCCAGGUUCCUCUUCUGAGCGUCGCCAACUGGGGCGGAAUCCUACUUCAUCUACGUGGGAAUGUUAUCGGCUGGAUGCGCGCCUCCUCCCCAUACAAGUUCCUGCGUUUCAUUGUUGGGCGUCAUGAUUUACCCUUCUACUACCCUCACUCCGCUCGGUUGCAACUGUCCUUCUUGGAUGCCUUCUUGAAGGACAAUGAUUAUGACGGCUGGAAGGCUGGCCAGCAACCCCGCGUGCAUAUAUGCCUACGUAAAGGUGAUUGUGGCGUUGACGAUCUGGAGCGCGAAUUGAAAUUUCCCAGCCGGGCAGAGGUGGACUGGCCCAUCCCGGAUACUCAGUACACCAAGUUCUUCCUCACGUCCAAGCAGACCCUUUCGCACACUCCUGAUAUGUCUGUUGGUACCUGCACAUACGAUGCACUGAAUGGGACUCCAAUCACCUUCCGGUACCAGACGCCUUCAACCCUGGAAAUCACUGGUCACAUCCUGCUACGCCUCACGGUUUCCUGCUCCCGAGAAAGGCAAGACGCACCUCUACUGCCUGAUAUCGACCUCUUCAUCACGCUGCGCAAGUUGAACGCGGACGGGAAGGAAGUCCAUUACACCAGGACAAUGGGCGAUCCAGUUCCGAUUGUGAAGGGGUGGCUACGUGUCUCGCUUUGCAAGGUCAACGACAAACACCCAUUCCACCGCGAGUAUCUCCCAUAUCGGGACUAUGCUAGCGGUGAUGUUCAGCCGGUGAAGGAGGGAGAGAAGUACCAGGCAGAUGUGGAGGUGUGGCCGACCAAUACCGUGCUUGAGCCCAAUGAGACAUUGGUCCUGGAGAUUGCAGGUCAUGAUACACAGGUUGUUGGCAAGUUCUUGCACGAGCACCCUGAUGACCGGGAUCCCCGGGUGUUUGACGGUCUCAACCACGUUGAAGUGGGCAAGGAGGCUAGUUGGCUUCUGCUCCCGAUCAUACCGGCUCGGUGA